AAAGUAUCACAGAAAAUACUUAAUACUAUAUUAUUAUUUAAAAAUAUUAUUACUACCGUGGUAGCCUUUAAUCCCAUCUAUUAUACAGCAAGUGCGUGGGCAGUCGUUUCCCUUAGAUUAAUAAUAAGCCAUAUUACUAUCAAUCCAGAGCAGGAGGAGACUAACAUUCUUAAUUAUAAAUGGCGCGAAAUCGAGUUAACUUACAAGAUACCUUAUUUAAUUUAUUAG